GUAGAAAUUAGAUGGUGGUUAAUUGCGUGUUGCGUGCUGUUGAUGGCAUCCGACCACUUUGCUAAUUGCUAAAUAGCAUCCGAGAUCCCAAAGGUUACGGCAUGUCUCGGCGGAAGCAGAUAUGAAGGCGAGAAAGUCCGAGCGGUCGGGGCCGAUCGAGCGAAAGGAUCGACUUUUGUCAAGUUGCAAGAUGGCAAGAUGUACCUUACACCUAAAUGCACCUAAUCGUACCUUCAUAUCAACCAUCGGUCAGACUGUUAGAGCUAUCAAAGUUCUGAAGAGAUAUCAUGGGCGGAGCGAACUUGGAAGUCUGGAAGUUUGGGUUUUACACCCUUUUCCCGCUGGCGACGCUAUACUAUUUUAGCGAUGAUGAUUGGUACAACAAACAUGUGGUACCAUAUGGGAAGAGGAUCUGGCCAGAGUACGAAAAGACGAACCGCCCACCUCACACGCAACAAGAAAUCCAAGCCGAACUCGCCCGUCUAAAGAAUCUACGACAAGCCGGUGUAGACCCCACAGCAGGCUCAACUUCGGGGGCUACAAUGUCGCACGAGAUGCGGUCGGCGGCUUCGACGGGGAUCUUUACGAGCUCGGAGACGGAACGACAGAGUACAGCCGAGGUGCAGGCAGCGACGCCGGUUCGACCGGAUGAGCGGAUAGUCGGGCAUGUUGGAUCGGGUGGGGUGCAGGAUUGGCGGCAGGCCGAUGUCAAGAGGCUGGUAUAGCCGACAGGUCAAGACAUAUCAACACGAAUUGGCAGCUAUGUAUCAAUCAACAGUAUCGACGAAACGCAAGUCGCCGGGAUUAUACGAUCAAUUUCAUUCGUUCAUUCCGACGUUUAGAUAUAACGUG